CCCUUCCUUCAUUUCAAGAAGACAAUUUAUUGCUGAGAAUAUAUUAGGUAUCUGAGGAUAAUAUCCAUUUCCUAACAAUUCUCAUGGUGUGACAUAACAUGGACACUCCUGCUAGCCAUGGGGUGGAGACCCCAGUGCUGGGUCUAGCAAACUCUAAUCAAGGGUACAGCACUGCAAUACACCUCCAGGAUAACUACUUGCUUCACGGACCGAUGGACCAGUCCUAUUCGCAGGCCAUCCCAAGUCGAAUGGCCGAAGAGACCAGAACAGGACAAUUGGGGCAACAUACUGAAGAGGAGGCCCUAUGGUCUGGCAAUGUCGGGCAGCACCCCAGUGACGAAGUUAUGAGAAAUGGUAAUGCUGUGCCGCGACAUGGUGAUGAAAGUCUAAUGGUGGGAAAUAUAAUGAAUAUGACUCAGCGUGGAAGUGAUGAAGGAAUGCGGACAAGUACUUUGGGACCUCGAUCAGGUGAAGAAGGCAUUCGAGUUAGUAAUAUUGGACUUCACACUUCAUGUGAUGACAGUAUGAGAGUGGAAGGGCACGGUGGACGGCGACAGGCUAUUCACUCACCGAGGCAUGGAAAUAUGUUAUUGUCAGGCCAUCCAGUAGCACAGCGUAAUAACCCAAUGCACUUCUACAUGGAAGAUGGAAACGGAUCCAUAAGUAGUUCUAUCUCACAGCAGAACCCAACUGGUCUUCCCUCUCACAGUGAUAUAAACAGUAUUCCUACUGGUUCUAAGGGUGCCACUCUGAUGCCAAGUUCCCAUGACAACAUGGUCAGUGCAAAUGUAGCCAGAGGGGGCUCCUUACCCCAACAAACACCAGAUCUGGCUCACCGCAUCCCCCAGGGAGGAAGCAACUCGGAAGGUGUCGAGGUUGAGCGAGGGGAUGAUGGAAGUUUUAAAUCAGCAGCCAAGGACUACACAGAGAGAAACUUGCCACGGGAACUCAUGGGAAAGAUGUUUGGUCUUCUGAAGGAGGGAAUGUUCUGUGACGCAGUUAUCUUGGCUGGUAAUAAGGAAAUUAGGGUACACAAGAUGGUGCUUAUUGCAGCAAGUCCAUUUCUGUUGUCCAAGUUGUCUAAAACAACACCCAGUACAUCUCUGCGCGUUGAGCUUCCAAUGGGUAUUCCCCUACAGGUAGCUUCACAGCUUGUCCACUAUCUGUAUGAUGGCAAGAUCACCUUGACAACCGACAAUGUGUCACAAUUUGCACGAGUGGCCAAUCUGUUCAAGUUGGAGCACUUGUAUAACAUUUGCGAGGAUUUCAUUGACUGCUUCAAUCUCGAUGAGUCCUUGCUGAAUGUUAUGGAGGAAGACAUCAGUGUAUCUGCCACUGAGCCGAGGAUGUCACCAGUCAUUCUGAAAAAGCGACAUCUCAAGCUCAGUGCAGAGGAAAAUAUGGCAGAAACAGAGGUCGCAGAGGUCACAGAUAACACAGAAAAUACUGAAAGUAAUAUAGUUUCUCAACAGAAAGCUACACCAUCACUCCCACAACCAAAACAUGUGUGUACCAAGGGGAAAAUCACAAAUAAAAAAACACCUAAAAAGUCUGUGACAGUAAAACAGGAGGUGGUGGGGAUGCCAUCUCCUAUAGAGACACCAAUCCAUAAAGUAUCGCAUCUCUACGGCACUCGAGCAGCAUCGGCUGCAAAGGUGUUCAAACAGACAACAGAGGUGGACGAAAGUGGUGCAGCCACUGUAUAUCAAGGGAAACAGGGGUUGUAUCAAGCUGAGGAGACUGAGGUGACAAUACCUCACAAAGAGGGAGGGGACGGGUCACCUACCAAGCUUCCCAGCCCUGGUAAGCACGCAGAUAUAGUCAGCAAGGUGAUGGAGGUGGAAAUGAAAGAUAUCGGAAAAGAUGAGAAUGAGGAUGAUGAGGAAACGUCGGAUGACAGCAAUGAGGAUUACCAGGAGAAUGGUACUCCUGGAAAGUUCAAACAACUAAAGCAAGCAUCAAAGAACCUUAAGAAAUUGCAGUCGAGGAAAGGAAGACAAAAGAAAGCACCAGUUCCUCCAGCACCCAAACAAGAUAUGCCUCUGAGACCGCCCCCAAAGAAACGAGCAAAGGAGUUUGCCAAAUCUGAGGAGGACAAGAUCCUUCAAGACAUUGAAAGUAAAUUAGACUUGUCAGUUUUAGACAUGUCAGCAUCAGUAACGACAGAAUUAACUGGGAAAAAGAAAACUGUGUCUAAAAAGAUAAAGAAAAAGCGGAAAAAGCAAUCAUUUGGUACACUUCUCAGGACUGUUGUUACAAGUGCCAUAGCAGAGCUUGAUAGAAAUGCAGAACAUAUCCCAGAAAGUGAACGGCAAUUUAAAUGUAAACUCUGCGGCAAUGAAUUUGUAUUUCCAAAACGAAGUAUCACUCAUUUGAUAAAUACACAUGAGAUCCCCCCGGAUGAUGUGCUGAGCUAUAUAACAAUACGUAAAUUUGAAAAAUCUCCAAGAGUUUGUGACAUUUGUGGCUACGAGACCAAAGAGCCAAACUUUUAUUAUAUCCAUUAUCAUAAGUACUUUCGGCAUGGCAUUCCGUUACCCAAAGGAUGGAAACCAUUUACAUGUGACAUUUGUGGAAAAGAAUGCUUUACUAAGUUCCAGCUAAAAGACCACAAGCUUAUACAUCGUGAACAAACGCCAUUUAUUUGUGAGAAGUGUGGACAGGGUUUUAAGAGCAGGACAUGUCUCAAUAGUCAUGUUUUUCAUCGCCACAAUUCCAUAAGGAAACACGACUGUACCGAUUGUGAAAAGUCCUUCAAGACAAAAACACAGCUAAUGGUACAUCAUCGCAUACACACUGGAGAAAAACCCUUCCACUGUCCCGACUGCGACUACAAGAGCACGACACGCGGGAACAUGCGACUCCAUCUAACCAACAAACACAAAUACGAUUCACAAGAUAUUAAGUGCAUGAUGUAUCAGAUCAAGACGCUCAGUAAAGCAUAUGAAAUGCAAUCUCUUCCCCAGGAGCUAAUUGCUAAUGCUCAUCUUCAGACAGAAGAGUCGGACUUGCUCAACGUUGCAGACAAGAACCAGAUGAGGCCAAUAGAGGAUCAUGUGGGGAUGCAUCUGCCCACAAAUGUAGUUGAUAAUGAGGUUACCAAGCCCUCGCAGCAAACACCACGUGAGGAUACAUUCUCAAACCUGAGUAACAUCCUUGUAACCAAUCAACAGGGCCAAACUAGUCAGCUGAUAUACACAGACGAAAACCUGACUAAUCGACACAUCAUACUACAGUCGUAUAAUGGUCAGCAAAUCGUGGCAGGAGAGUUACCGCAAGGUCAGGCAACAGGUGGAGUGGAAGGACAAGAUGCUGCCCAGGCAACACAGAUUCCAGUGUUGCUACAGCCAGUACAAGGUAGUGAGCACCUGGCAGGACAUUUUCUGGUACAGACACACCAUGGCGGACAAAGCACUGUACAGCUGGUAAGUACAACAGACGGGCACAUCACACAAGAUCCGCGGGCUCAGGAGGCUCACAUACUGGUACAGGAUUCCCAGGGCAUCAUCCAGGAAGCCAGUAUUAGUAGUGAUCAGGUCCUCAUCACAGAUCAAGAACAGCUCAACCUUUCUUCUAACAGACGUCAAAGUCAUGAACAGAUCAUGUACCUGGAGCGACCAGCCAAUGAGAUGGUACAACAGGAUCAGAUCAUCAUGGCAACAGACAAGAAUAUUACCGUGAAUGAAACCUCCGGAAAUUCUACCACAGAGCUGCAAAAUGUGUCUCCGCGGCUUAUGAUUGAUGGAAGUCAACAAGUUCACAUUCAGAUUCACUCAGGAACAGCUGUCGCCAUGGAAACUGAUUCCCAUGGACAAGUUCAAGAGAGACAGGUACGCAUCCAGGAUCCCCAGGGCCUGUUGGUAGGAGAAAGGCCCCAGGUUACACUUGUCCAUCGGGCUCUUGGCAUACAGGACAGGGGCAAGGACACAGCACAGCAAAAACAUGAAGGCCAGAUCUCUGUGGCAGCCACACUUGAAUCGUAUCAACAGGUUUCUUUGCCUGUCACUUCUGAAAUUCCAUUGUCAACAUAUGUGGUGAACUCCCACAAUACCGGAACCAGUAUUGAGUCUCAGGGUCAAUUAGUACAGAGUCCUCCGAACAGCCACGGGUUACCCACGUCCCAGGCCCAGGGGCUGCCUGAUUCCCCAACUCCUCAGUCCUCCCAGGGCUACAGUGACAACACACUGUACCAAUAUUAUCACCAACAGUUCAACAACUUCUGAUCUCCAAUGUUGCUGUACUUUAUAGUAUAUAUGUAGCUAGGUCUUCUUCGUGUUCAGAUAUAUGGUUCACAGCACUGGAACCAUACAAACUUGUGUUUAUGUCCAAAAUGAUGUCUACAAGAUUAUUGGUACAUUUUGCUAUCUUGAAAAAAGUCCCAUUGUCAAGGGUAAUGAUAUCUGCUGUCACUUGCAGAGUGUUUAUGUUUGUCCGAGAGAUUCAGAGUGUGUCAGAUGGAUUCAUGUUUUGUGUUUGGUUGUGUAUAUGUGUACAUCAGGGAUUUUGACAUCUGUUUUGCUAACACGAUGCUGACCAUGCCCAAGAAAUGUUUGGGUGUUGUAUAUUAUUAGGAAAAAUAUGAGCAAACAAAAUGAUCGCAAAUUUUCAGUUUUGUCUUUACAAUUUUGUAGAUAGAAGAAAACUAUAUACCAGUAAAUUACCAGUUCAGGAUGUAUUUAACUUUCAUCUGGUGUAUCUUUAGUGUUUGGUAAAUCUCAAGGUUUUCACAAUUUUCUUGAAAUAAUGAAAAAUCAUAUAGAUAUUUUUGGUAUUUUGGAUGUUGCGCAUGCACUGCUAUUUUUUUCAUAAAUUGGUAUUUUAGAUGUUGCACUGCUAUCAUUUUCCAAACAUUAGUCUAUACUGAAAAGAUUAAGUAUGCAUUCAUGGACUUUUUUUGUUUUGAAAAAGUGAAUUUAUGAAUGGAAAAAAUAAGGAGGGAUAAAAUAUAUAUAAUGAGAUUAUGUUGUAUUUGCAAGUAUAAUACUGUAACUUUUUCCUAUGUUUAUAAAUUGUGGAAUGAGUUGAACAUCAUAUACAAUGUAUUCCAAGGAAUUUCCAGUUUUCCAGUUUAACCUUAUGUGCUAGCAAUGAUUAUAUGGCAUAAGAAUAAAAAUGAUAAGAAAUAUUAUUAUACUAGUAGUAAUUAUAAAAACUCAUAACACUUGACUGGUUACCAGGGUAUAUGUGAUCUUAUUUCUUAUUAUUUUGUUUUCAUGCUGUAUAAUUGCUGCUAGCCCCAGUGGUUUAACACAGAAAUUCUGUACCGGUAGUGUAAAAUUAGUAAAACAUGAAAACUUUAUUAUUCAUGUCAAAAUAUAUACAUAAUAUGAUAUGUUUACUAAAUACAGGUAUUGUUUUUACUUCCAAUAAUUAGUCAAUUUUAUAAUGGUCAAAGAAUGAGUGUAUUCAUGUACGUGGCAUAACUUUUACAAAAUUUAUACCAGAAUUAAUUUUUCUGAAAAAAUGUACAUGAUUGGAUUGCCAGUUGAUCAUGAGUUGGUAGAUUAAGUGUGUAUCACGGUCAUACUCAUUUCACAUGAUAAACCACCAUUAUUAUUUUGUAUUUCAUACAAAUUAUUUGUACUCGUAAAAAGAGUAUUCAUUAAUUCAACAUAAUAUUAUAAUUAUCCUGAAUAUUUAUUAUUACACAAUAUUCACUGUCUUGAUUUUUUUUUGUAUUUUUGUUUUUGUUUUUUUUUUGGGGUGUUUUUUUUAGAUGUCUUGCCAAUCUAAGGUUUAUUUAUUUAAAAUCUAAGAAAUAUUUGAAUUUAGAUAUCUUUACAAUUCUGUUGAUAGAUAGACAUGUAAUUCUAUUAUACAAAUGUAUUACAAACUGGAUUAUGUACAUGUAAGCAAAGCAAAUUUCAAUGGAAGAAAGAUAUAGACUUUUGGUGGGAAUACCCUUCUAUAGAUUACAUGUAAAUGAUGUUACAUGUUCUAUUUUACUGUAAACCUGUAAACCAGUUUUAGUGCUUAAAUUAUUAAGUGUUGUUUGAUUUUAAAAGUUUCAAUUGAUGGAAAUAAUAUAAGUUGUUAGGUAUUUAUUGUUACAAAUCUUGUUCGAGGGUUUAAUGAGAAUCAAUAUCACAAUCAUUUUGGAUCGUUAAUAUUAAGGAGGAUGCACCAUGGUAUAAUUUGUGUGACAAUGCUUCUAUCAAAUUUCAGGUGCUGAUGUAAUAUUGAUAAAAAUGGGUAAAAUAGGAAUAAAAAUGGCAGAAUUUUUGUGUGUGCUCUUUUUGCACAGCACAAUAUUUCAAUUGAUGCAUAGCCGAAUAAAUUGGUUAAUCAAUAAUAAUUAAUAAAGUAAUGAAAUAAAUAAAAUACACAUUUGACCAACACAUUGUUUUCUUCAUAGUAACACAUGUACAGUGUAUAUCCUUGCAAUUACUAAGUGCUAUCAAGUAAUAAUUAGGUAAAAUAUUUGAUUUAAAUUAAGAAUUUAUUGAAUAAGUUUGAUAACUGUUGCUGAUAAAUACUCUAUAUACAUUAAUUACUUUGUUACACUGAGAUGUUUUUGACUGGGUUUAUUGCCCUGUGAAUAAUCAGAGUCAUUUUGAAGUGGGGUAUCUUUGUAGUAGUUGGUGACUACCUCACUGAACAACAUACAGGAGGCCCAUCACAUGCCAUCCUGAGUAAUUAGGGUAAAGUGUCCCUCCUAAGGGGACCACCACUACAUUAUAGACAGGUCCAUUUCUCAGCUUCCCAAGAAACACAAAACGACACGGGAAAGGAGUUUUGAACGUUUUGUGGGUGGGGACACUAACCGACUGAGCUUUCGCUGCCCACAUUGUUACACUAAUGAUCAAAAUUAGAGCGUUCAUGUUUCAAAAAUAAACAAAAUGACCGGUACAGUUUACGGUAAUAAAAAAAAAUUCUUUUGUUUGAUGUACAACAUUAUGAAAUGAUCUUGCUAAGUAAAAAUAGAGUAGAUAAAUUAUGUAAAUUGGAUUACCACCUAAUUUUGUGAAUACUUGUUAUAGUAAAGUUUAAUUAAACUAAUUACACUAUUA